AUGUCUUCCAUAAAUCAAGUUAAAGCAUAUUUGCAUAGCUUUCAAAUGCUCAACACAACUCCCAUUAACAUCGAAAAGUGGCUUCAGGAGAACGGCCAUCUGCUGCAACCUCCUGUGAACAACUUCUGCCUUCACAGAGGUGGAUUUACCGUCAUGAUUGUCGGCGGACCAAACGAGCGUACGGAUUAUCAUGUGAACCCUACCCCAGAAUGGUUUCACCAGAAAAAGGGAUUUAUGACCUUGCGGGUGGUGGACGAAACUCUACAAGGAAACGAGAGAUUUAAAGACGUAACCAUCGAGGAGGGUGACUCUUUUUUGCUUCCUGCAAAUGUCCCACACAACCCUGUGAGAUAUGCUAACACGGUUGGCAUCGUAGUCGAACAGGACAGACCCGAGGGUCAACACGAUAUGUUGAGAUGGUAUUGUUCGAACUGCCGCGAAGUUGUGUGUCAGUUUGACUUUCAGAUGCUUGACUUGGGCACCCAGGUGAAAGAGGGAAUUCAGAAAUUCGACAGUGACAAAGAAUACCGCAUCUGCAAGAAGUGUGGCACUGAGAACUUCUCCAGUCCCCAGUAA